AUGGCUCUCGACUUCUACACCCGCUUACGCUUCACCGAGAAUCUACUUCCGCAACUUCGACGUGCUGCAAGCCCCUCUGGCGUGGAUACAUCCAAUAACCCAUCGCCGGUUUCGCACGUAGUGACGGUCCUCGGCGGUGGUAAUGAACAACCAGUCAAUGUUGAUGAUCUUUCGCUGAAGAACAACUACACCUUGAACACCGCGACUCAACAUGCCGUUACCAUGAACACGCUCGCCUUUGACCAUCUGGCAUCGAAGCCAGAGAACGCUGGCAUAUCGUUUGUGCACACCAGCCCGGGAAUGGUCAAGACUCAAGGCGCUCGUGAACUAGGGACUCUUUUCUACAUUGGGGUUUCGAUAUUUGCAUUCUUGUUCAAACCGUUGACUGUGCCUGUGGGCGAAUGUGGAGAGCGACACCUAUGGGCAGGGACCAACAAAUCGCUUCAGGGUGGAGCUGUUCACCUAAUUAACAAAAAUAGCGAGAUAAUCCGGAAUCUCAAGGUCCUGAAAGAUAUGAAAGACAGGGGAGUGGCGGAAAAGGUCUGGGAGCACACACGAACCGUCUUCACGAAAGUGUGCACCGAAGGCGGCAAAUAUGAAGCGUAA